GUUCUUAGAAUUUGACAUUUUCUGUUUUGUUUCGUGGGUAAACUAUAUAAAAUUUCUUAUUGAAAUGAUGCUUCUAUCUGCUUCUUCCGGUUAAUUCUGUGAUUUUAUGUUAUUAUCUGAAUGACAAAAAUAUAUUCAGCUUCACACUUCAGAAGAAUAAGCAAUAAUCUAAAACUUAUCCUUGUGACAACAAUAGAUUACUAUGCAGAAUAGCGUGAAAUUCUGCCGGGGUUAGCCAACCUGUUGACCUUGGUAUUUACAUUAUGGUAUUGCUGUUCAUGUACUCUUUGUUUCUUACGAUCUGGAUAUUCCUCCGUAAUAUAUUAAACACCCGAGCUUGCCUUUAUUUUUGGAUAAGCAUUGUUGAACUUAUUGCGUCAUUUGCUGCAGACCAACUCAAGCCAUGAGAUCCAAAAUGCCCAUUUCCAUAAGAUUCGGCCUUAACUCCUGUCUCUCUCUUUGUGUAACUAAUAAGCAGGCACUAAGAUAGCUAGUACAUGCUGUGACUUGAAUAGGAUGCAUUACUUAAAAAAUAGUACUAGUUAUGUGUUAUGGGCCUUAGCGUAAGAUCUAGUCACAGGUCUAGAUACAAGAGAAUCUUUCUGUGUAUUAGCUAUACUGAAGGGUUCUCAGCAAGACUCGUCCUAGACAGAGCCUUCGUUAGACUUAUUUUCAGAGAUAAAAAUUGUAUUCAUUCACUCCCCUUCAAGGCCUUUAUAUAGGCUACAUAUAAGCUGACUACACCAAAAGACAAGACCCUACAUUAUAGGCAAAUUAUUGGAAAACAGAAUAAAACAAUCAAUCUAAUGCUGAUUUCUUGCUAGCACAACUGUUCUGUAUUUCUUGCAUUCAUUAGAAAGAUUUCCUUCCCAUUACUAUGUUGACUUCUCCUUCCUUUUACAAUACUUUCCGGUAAAUCAAUUUAUAUCAUUAUGCAGUAUUUUUGUUAUUAAGACUAGGAAGAGUAUACAACUCAUAGUUUUUGAAAGUGCCUUAAUCUGCAGAACUCGUAAACAGUUAAAAGCUAUGAACUGCUCACAUUGAUUAUGGCAUUUUUGCUCGAUAAGGUCAAGAAAUUCAGACAAUUUGCACAUAGUUUAGGCAUUAGGGGUUCCGGCUUAUAUGACCAGGGGAUGAGGGGAAGUGUGCUUGAACCCGGGGAUAAUAAGUUUCCCCGGAUAUGUUCUGUUUAUACUCGAAAUCAAUGAUAGUGAUAUCAUAUGGACAGGUUAAAUGUGAUGCGGAGAUGACGAGUAAGUCUUUUAUCAUCUUUUCCCCUGAAUAUUAAGUUGUUACGUGUUUUUUUAUAUCUAUUAUAGAAUACAUUCAGUUGAGUAUUUGGCUGGUCUCUAAUCGGUACCUGCCACAUUGUAGAUUGGUCCAUCAAGUAUUUGUAGAAUCAGAGUCAUAGUGAUCGAGUUAUUACUUAUUACUUGAUAGUACUCCCCAGAAGUUUAAGCAAACAGAGAAAUAUUUCACUUUUUACCAAGCUACAAUGCAGCCAAGGUACUGGGGACUCUGAAUGCUUGCUGAGCUGGGGCUGCUGGACAAGGACCCUCAUCGGCCACAAUCUCCAUUGCACUGCCGCCAUUCUGUAGGGCAGGUAUGUUAUAAUCAGAGAUGUAUUCUAUUGAAAGUAACAUCUGUCUUUAUAUGACCGCUUAAUGAUUUAAAUACGGUAAAUUUAUGAUCAUUCACAAAUAAUCUGACUAUAUAUGAAGCUGCCAGUAAGCACAUAAAUGCUACUAAUGCCAAAACUUCAUUUUGUUCUCCGGCCCGAGGAAACUGAGUCCGAGAAACCGAGAUAUUAUAGUCUCUCGGAAUUCAGGACUCUCAUCCCAUAGUGAUCAUAGGAAAAAAAUGACCGUAAAGAAUGACGUUGCUAUUGUUCAUAUAUAGGAUAAAUUACUGACUAGAGUAUGAAGUAUAAUACGAAUCCUAUUGUUAUGCCGAAUUCUUGGUCACUUGGUGGAUCGCUCCUGCGCGAUAAAAUCAUAGAAAUACUAUAAAUAUUCUGAGUAAACUUAUGCUUAUGAAGUAGUAUACAUUCCCAAGUAUACUGUCACAAGUCUGUUACACACAGAGGUAUCCACACCUUUCGGCGAUGAAUAGAUAGAAACCUCGGGCAAAGCUAGAACUCCGUCAACUGCUGAUAUAAACACGAUGUUUCCAACUCCGCGGGCCUCAAGAAGCGGUUGUGCGAGUUGACACUGCUUCAAAAUUAAUAAACAUUAUGUUGGAAAUGUUAGGAGUUGUCCACAUCGGUACCGUUAUAAGAGGGGUAUAUAGCUAAAAUAUAAUCAGUCAAUCAAACUGACCCAAUUUACCUGUGAUGUAUGAAGGGACACUGUUAUAUCUAGCCACAGAUCAAGGAACCCGGCCAUUGCUUUGUAUGCUUGUUUUGCGCAGCUAGGGCUGGUGUCCCCAAUGCUUUGCAGCCAUUCACCGGGUAGGCACUAGGCAUGCUAUAUCGUGUUUGGCAUUGAGAAGCAGAGCUUCUUUUCCAUGAAAAAACAACUUCUACAUUUUGAUGACUGUUUGGAUAAAACAGUAAUACCAACUUUUCUUGAGCUUUUGCAGAAGAAUUGAGAAGUUAGGAAGUCCAAGAGGCCGUUUGGAUAAAUUUAAAAAAAGUGUUUAUUGCUUAAAGUAAAGAAUCAGACCAGAAAUAAGAAGUAAAUUAAGACUUACGAGUGAUUAUACUGUUUGGAAAAGAAGUAGAAUUCUUGAAACAAAAGUUAACAUUCUCGGUUUCUUAUAAGUGCUUUUGGUUUAUUACACAAACGGGUCAAAGAAAAGUAGAUACCGUCUUCUUAUCGAAAAAAGUCCGAAGCAGCGUUUCCCAGAUAGGCACUAACUUGGCUUUCAACUUCUUUUUUUCAACUUAAAUGUAAAACAAAAGCUUACCUACUUUACAUCUGUGGCCUCAGCUUUUAACGGAAAGCUUAAUAGUUUGGGAACAUAUAGACAUUCUUGAACAUUGCCUCAGGUGGAUUAUUUUAACAAGCUUACAUGACAAACUAAUUAUUUUGCUUAGGUGAAUAAUGCUGCAAUAGCUAUAACUCCACAAGGCAACGACAGAAUACACUGAAGAAGAUACUUUUGACAUUUCUGUGCUUACCUGCAGCUUCAUAUAUCACCAGUCAGAUUAUUUGUGUUAAUGGAGGUCAUACAAUUUCAGGUUAUUGAUCACUAAUUAUCAUGAACAAAUUUUUAAAAGGGCUUCCAAAUAUGUUGCUUAACUUUGAGCUUGAAUUUGAAAUAGGCCGAAUGCCGAGAAAUUUGGUUUUAUAACAAUCGAAGUCUUCUCUGUACCUUUUUUUUUUCUUUUGUUGUUGUUGUUGUUGUUAAACCGGUGUCCGGGCCAGCUUGCGCGCACCUCGACUAAUCCGGUUAGGCUACUAGCACACUCAUACCCCCGAGCAUGGUAUCUCUGUACCUUUUUUUAACUUCCGUUUUCAAUUUAAUAGCUACAAUCCGAGAUGGAUUUACAAUGCAAGAGCAUUAAUGUAAGCUUGAACACAUAUUAUGUGCGAUAAGAAACUGGAGCUCUAUCUAUUUCGCAACAUGAAUAAUUCAGCCCUCCUGAAAAGCCUGUUCUUGAAACAACAAAGUAUACUGGAAUGCAAUGUUGAGAUUAAGGGUCCUUGUUCACCAGCCGCAGCUGUGGAAAACAAGCAGACAGAGGAACUUUCAUGUAGGGUGCAAGUGCAUUGUGACUUAAAUGUAAUAAGUGACUUAUCAAUAAUUCAUAAAUCAUUAUUGUGGGCAACUUUCUGCAAAGAAAUUUGUAGGAAAAAAAAACGUUUAAUGAAAUAAACUAUUGAAAAAAACUUUAAACGAGGGCGCCAAUGCCAUGUGUCAUGAGUCAUGACUCGCUUCUUGGCUCUCCAUUGGAGUGAGAGGACUCUCAGUGAAUUGCCACAUUAAAAGAUUCUGCUAGCAUAAACUAGCUGCAAGUCGAAAUAUUAAACACAUACAAAUUGUAAUUCUGCUAAGCUCCAUAGUAUCAAUGGCCAAGACAGUCAUAGGUAGCGGUGGAGAUAAAAGAUGGUCUCUCGAUGGAGCAACUGCCCUCGUCACUGGUGGAACUCAUGGCAUCGGGCAUGCAAUUGUAGAGGAGCUAGCAGGGUUUGGAGCAUCAAUUUAUAUAUGUUCUCGGACCCAGAAAGACGUUGAGAAAUGUCUAGAAGAAUGGAAAAUGAAAGGCUUUAAGGUUACAGGAUCAGUUUGUGACUUAAAAUCUCGGUCUCAACGUGAAGAUCUAAUGAAAUCUGUGGCCUCAGCCUUCAGUGGAAAGCUCAACAUUUUGGUUAAUAAUGCUGCAAUAGGUAUGAGUAAGGAGACUGCAGAUGUCACAGCAGAAGAUAUUUCCAACAUAAUGAGUAUCAAUUUUGAAGCGCCUUAUCAUCUGUCUCAACUCGCCCAACCGCUGCUCAAGGCAUCAGAAGGGGGGAACAUUGUGUUUAUUUCCUCCGUUGGUGGACUUGUAGCUUUCCCUCAGCAAUCAAUUUAUUCAUCGUCAAAAGGAGCAAUCAACCAGCUGACCAAAAAUUUGGCAUGCGAAUGGGCAAAGGACAAUAUUCGCGUUAAUUGUGUUGCCCCAUGGGUUACCAAAACUCCGAUGCUUCAGAAACUCCAAGAUGAGACUCCAGGAUUGAAAGAAAGUAUCAAUGCCAUGGUUUCUCGGACUCCAUUUCCCAGAGCCGCAGAGCAAACUGAAGUUUCACCAUUAGUUGUAUUUCUCUGCUUACCUGCAGCUUCCUAUAUCACCGGUCAGAUUAUUUGUGUCGAUGGAGGCCAUACAAUUUCCGGUUAUUGAUCUGUUAUUAUGAUAAUAAAUGGCUACAAUUUGUAGACAGAAAAUCAGUGAUCUCCAAUUUUUCGGGGAUAUCAGUCAGGAAACUCUGUGAUGUUACAACAUGUAAUAUUUCAAUGUGCUCUAGCCUAUUGAAUACGUAGAAAGCGAUUAGCCUGUUCUUGUGAUAACAAUGUGUAAUACACUCAAAACAGCUCCUUUGUGACGAUA